CGGCACACGGUGCUUGGGCGCGCACCGCGCCUCCAGCGACCUCUCGGACAGCCUGGAGUCCUUCAUCCAGCACGACAGCCUCCAGUCGCUCUCCAGCCUGGGGGUGAGCUCGUCCAGUAUCAGCGGUGAUAGCCUUGAAUCCCUUUCCAGCCUGAGCCUGGGAGCCACCAGCCAGCACAGCGAUCUCGAGUUCAUCGGGCACUGAGUCUGCCUCCAGCUCCCCGCACAACGCCCUCCUCCUGCCGGCUCUCUGCCAGCUGCCGUGAGAGCUGCCAGGCUGCUGCCCUUCGUUCCACGGUGACGUGGUUCCAGAUGAUCUUUGCUGCAUCCAGUGCAAUAACCUCAGUCCUUACUGUGGCUGCCGUUCCCAAAUUAAGUGCUUCAGAGCGGCAGUGCUCAUUACUACCUGCAGUGUAAACGCUGAUUUUUUGUCACCAGUUAAGAAUGGAAGUGCGUGGUCUUCAGAGGAAUCCCAGCUACCUCUCAGAUCUGUAUGAGAACAUGUUGAAGGCUGAAGGAGCAGUGAGACGAGGGCAGCAGGAGCGCCCAGCAGUCCAUACAAGUAGCAACAAGACUUUGCGGAGCAGUGCCCCAGCCAAGGAGAGCCCCCAGCCAAAUAAUCACGCGAGCAGCACCUUCUCCAGCUGCGACCCAGCCCUGCGGCCCAUCAUCCGCCGCCGAGCGAGGUCCCUGCCCACAUCACCCGAGAGGAGGAUGAGGAGAGCAGCGCUGCAGUGUCAGGAGCCCAGCUGCCAGAGCCGCAUGAACCGGGUCAGGUUUGCUGAUGCUUUAGGCUUGGAGCUCACUGAAGUGAAAGUCUUCCAGGCUGGGGAGGAUCCAUCCAUCCCUUUGCAUGUCCUUUCCAGGCUCUCCAUAAACUCAGACCUCUGGUACAGCAACUUGAACUUGGAGUUUACUAUGCACUGCUUGGUCCCUGACUUCCAGCAGCCUGCAGACUGUCUGGAUUUCUCAUCCCGACUCCAGGAGCAGCAGGUGUGUCUGGAACGGGUGACCAGCUCAGAUCUGGGGCUCAGUGGCACCAUCCACGUUCGGAAUGUUGCUUUUGAGAAGCAGGUGUCCGUGCGCUACACCUUCAACCAGUGGGAAAGCAUCCACGAGGUGUGUGCUCGUUGGCACUGCAGCAUCCCAGACAAAAACGGGCAGGAUCAGGUUGAUGUGUUCACUUUCUUUCUUCCUGUGCCUCCUUUCCUCCUUCAGCUGAGCACUCUCCUCCAGUUUGCAGCAAGGUACCGAGUCAACGGCCAGGAGUACUGGGAUAACAACAGAGGCAAGAACUACACCCUCAGAUGCCGGACUCACCCCCUGAAGCUGCCGAGGGAAUGUGAGGAGAGCUGGAUCCACUUCAUCUGAACAAAGGGAGUGGUGCUGAGCAGCGUGUCAGUAGUCUUGGUGGCACUCUGUCCCUUGGCAUGGCUCUCUGCUCCUAUGGCAACAGGCUUCCUUUUGAAACCGGCCAAGCCUGGCCAAGUGUCCCAGGGCUGGACCUGUAUAAACUGCUCUAAACCUCUGGGAAAGUUAAAAGGGCCAAAAUCUGUAGUGAGAUACAAUCCCAGAAAGGCCAUGUGGGUUUUUUGAGUGUGUGAGUCAUUGCAGAAUGGUUCCCAGGAAUGCUGUAAGGCUACCAGAGAGCAAAACAACACAUUUCUUGUUGCUAGUGAUAACUCUUGUUGCAUAGAAUGUUUCUAACUGAUCUCUUACCAUUUUCUACUGUUUGUUUUCUAAGUGGACAGUGUGGCUUUACUGGUUUUGUUUCUAAUUUUGUUUAUAUUACUUCACCAAGUCAGGGUGCUAUUCCAUUUAUGCAUAAUUUGGAUGACAGACACUGUAGGGAGUACUUGUAUUUAUAUACAUAUGUUAUUAAGGCUGCAACCACAUUAAAUAUUUCCAUGAAUAUCUGAGUAGGAAAGUAAAUGCUACUAUGAGCAAAACAUACAUGAAAAUGUGCCAUCAGCCCCUCUGUUUCCCUUGGGAAAAAAGCAAAAGAUGCCUUUUCUUACCUCGUCCUUGCAGCAGGAGUGAUUGUUACCAAAGUGAGCGUAAGGCAGAUCUGCCUGGGGAAAUUCUCACCUUUGUAAAGUGAUGCCCAAGUAGGUUUUUCCUCAAGCUGAUGGUCCAGGAAUUGUCUUUUCCUGGUGCACCUGCUUUUACUAAGGGAAACAAGACCAAGUUUGGACUUGUGUUGCAAAUGCAGUUGAAGGUCUCAAAGCACUGUAUGAAUGCUCAUGAUUUUAUCGCUGUUACCGGUAAAAUUAUAGCUCAAGAAAUGGAUAUGAUAUAAAUAUAUAUAUAAGGAGAAGAAAUACUACAGAAAGUGGGGUUAAGAGGCUUGGAAUAUCAUUCCAGAACCCUGAAUCAUAGUUGUUCCCCAGCGUUCCAGAACUACUGCGGAAGUAGCUUUGACUUCUUUAUUUAGCUGCUUGCCAUUGUAAAACAGUUGAACUCCCAAGACCGCAGCCUUUGUAACACAAUCAGGAACUUGAAAGCACUUAAUUUGGUAAACUGCUACUUACACAGACCCAUAAACAGAAUCCCUUCUGCUGCAGGGAGAGCACGGGAACACUGUUAGACCAUCUUCCCAUGCUUCUUGCUCUAUUAUUUUCGUUCUGUGGUUUUAGUGUGGUUUAAGAUUUGCAACAGGCUUAAAUUUAUUAAGUAAAAGCAUGUCCAUAAUUGUUCCCAUACAUAAUCAUUACUGCAUGUAAAGUUUAGCUUUAGGUGUGUAGUGUAGACUUUCAGAGCUGCUGGCUGGAGAUACUAGAAGAGCUGUGUUUUAGGACUAUGCUAUGAAAAUCAGGCCACUUACUUGGGCAUCUUAUUUUGGAUUGAUGCUUAUUUAGCAAAAUCACAAGUUGUUGGUAAAAUCACAGUUGUAAGCAACCCAUGUCCAAUUAUAUAUUAGUCUGACAAAUCUACUGAGUAUUUCUGGAAGUGCAGAAAUCCCAAGAAAAUUAAUUUGUCUGGUAACUUAAUGCUGUUUUUUUUGUUGUGAUACCCAUUUAGGAAAGCUGGGCUUUCAAGUGAGGAAGCUGCCUCAGAUUCCAUUGGUCUUUGGCUUUCAGAGGAACCAAAGUCAGGAAUGAGGAUUCUGUGAGCUGCUGAGCACCUUUUGCAAGUACUCAGAAAAGCUCAAUCCUAUCUGAAUGUGCACACACAUGCACAGAAGUACUAGUGCUGAAUAAAAAGCACUCUUUUCAAGCAUUGUUCCCCCCUCUUUUUCCUUCCCACAUUACUGUUGUUCUUCCAUCAGCAAACACAGCA